AUGCGAUCAACACUUUAUAUCGAGUGUGGCAUCAAAGUCAUCGCCGACGACGCCUUCCUCGAGGACUGUCUUCGGGCACACAAUAAGUACAGAGAUCUUCAUGAAAAUACCGAAAGACUUCAAUUAAAUAGAACUGCCACAGAAUAUGCAUUGAACAGAAUCAGAAGUCUGGCCAAAAUCGAUGGCCAGCGGCCAGUCAGCGACAGCCAGCGUACGAUUUUCGGCGAAAACUUCUACUGGUAUUACGAUAGCAAAGGUUACCAUUCGUGUGCCAAUGCCAUCGACCUCUGGUAUAAGGGUAAAGAUCAAUACGAUUACAAUAGACCCGGAUUUCAUGAGAAAACCGGUGGUUUCAGUCAAGUUGUUUGGAGAGGAUCCCAGUAUUUAGGCUGCGCUCGUGUCGAGGACGACACCCGCCAGUACUACGAAACCUAUAUUGUCUGCAAUUACUGGCCGGCCGGCAACGUCGAUAGCCGCUAUCCGUACAAUGUAUUUCCCCUUAGAGACCACCAACGACCGUCGCUCGGCGUCGGCAGCGGUAGCGGCGCCGGCAUCAGUCCAAUAGCCGCUGUUAGCGGCAGUCAUCGGCCGACAAGCAGCAAUCAGAGACCUACGGUAAGCGGCGGUUGGCUACCAGAUCGUCCCGAUCGGCCUAAUCAUCGACCGCCGCCACCAAUAGCUCCUAACUAUCCAUUAUAUUUAUCAUUUUGA